AUGCCUUUCUUUCCUCAGCCACCGGAGCCUGAAGCACUUGGCGUGCACAGAGUUCUUUCACCCCGAGCCGGUGUUCUAGUCAGUCCACUAUGCCUGGGGACUAUGAACUUUGGCGGCAACUGGGAUGAGCUCCUGGGGCCGUGCUCCAAGGAAACGGCCUUUGCCAUGAUGGACUACUUCAAAGAGCAUGGUGGCAACUUUAUUGAUACCGCCAACAACUACCAAGGCGGUAACUCGGAGCGCUGGAUCGGCGAAUGGCUCGAAUCUCGGGGAUGCCGAGACGAGAUGAUCAUCGCCACAAAGUACAGCAACGGCUUCCGCAUCCAUGAGAAGGGCAUCCAGCACUCCAGCUUCACCGGAAACUCGACCAAGAGUCUCUACACCACCGUCCAGGCAAGUCUGAAGAAGCUGCGUACAGACUACAUCGACAUCAUGUACGUCCACUGGUUCGACUUUACAACGUCGAUUGAGGAGAUUAUGCAGUCCUUGAACCAGCUGGUUCUCUCGGGCAAGGUGCUCUACUUGGGCAUCAGUGACACGCCUGCAUGGGUUGUGUCCCGUGCCAACGAAUAUGCGAGAUCUCACGGCCUGCGCCAGUUUAGCGUCUACCAGGGCCACUGGUCCUGUGCCGCGCGAGACUUUGAGAGAGACAUCAUCCCCAUGUGCAAGGCGGAGGGAAUGGCACUUGCUCCUUGGGGCGCCCUCGGCGGUGGCUACUUCAAGACUGACGGCGAGCGGACUCAGACUCAGGAGAACAAAAAUUCCGGCCGCAACAUUCCCGUUAUGGAUACUUCUAACCAUAAGAAGGUUGGCAAAGUGCUCGAGGAGAUUGGCCGCAUCAAGGGUGUUCCGAUGACUAGUGUGGCUCUGGCUUACCUGCUGCACAAGACGCCAUACGUCUUCCCAAUUCUCGGGGGCCGGAAGCUCGAACAUCUCAAGAGCAACAUUGAAGCCCUUACUCUGCAGCUUACGAAACAGGACAUGGACAUGAUUGAAAAUGCCGCACCGUUUGACAUUGGUUUCCCCAUGUGGUUCAACGGGGAAGCUAACCCCAAGAACAAUCUGCUCCUUCAAAACUCGGGCCACUUUGAUUACGUGGAGGAUCCCAAGCCUAUUCCUCCUCGCAAGAAGCUUCCAGAGCAUAUCAACGGCAAGAGUCACUGA